AUGCCUCGCAGCGGUCAUCGCAAUCGUCCCGGACAAGAUAUUCUUCGUGUCGAGAAGAAGCUCGGAUUCAAGUGGGAAUGGGGCAUCUCCAGGGUGAGCUGGGACAACUUUGAGUUACCAGAGCUCAGACUGCUUAUGAAAGAGCUCGAAAUCUUGAAGGGUCGGUACCGGACCAGCUUUCCUGCGCAACUAGUCGAUAUGCCAGAGCUCCGACGCGAUGCCAACGAGGUAUUUGAGACCAUAGGUCCUGCGAUCUGGCCUCGUUCAGGGCGCGGUACUUCAGACUGGCUUGUCGUGCCAUCCGCCAACAGCUGGGCCGGCCUGUUCCCGCGGUACCUGGAGUUUGAUGAUCCCGACGACUAUCAAACGCUCUCCGAUCUCUUCAAGCAGCUCGUCUACCUCAAGUGUUACCGCUACCAUGGCAGUGAAAAGGCAAAAGCUGCGUGGAACGACUUCAUUGGGGAGGCCCCGGAGAACUCUGAGAUGGACGACGACACUGACCAUACUGGAGGCGAAGAGGGAGAUGAGGGGGGCGGCGACGACAACAUGGUGGUGGUGGCGCAUGGGUACAACUCAGACGAUGGGGACGAUGAGGAAUACUAUGAUGAAGUGAAGAACGAGCCAUACAGCGUGAUUGCGACCAGGUCGGGCUAUCCGUAUCGCCGGCCUUACACCUCGACUGCAUCAUCAUCACGGACGACACAAGCUGCAAAGGGGAGUGCGCGAAUGAUCUCAUCGACACUCAUGCGCCAAAGAGUCCCGCCUGUUCCACAGAUGCUUGCACAGUCGGACUUUGACGAAGCAUCAUCACCCGCGCCAGAAUCAUCACAGCAUGUCGAGAACGACAUGUAUUAUCCGACAGGCCAGGACUCAGCCGUCUCUGGUCAUCGAGAUCGACCAAUACAGUACUCUGCCAGGGUUUCGUCCCACGACUCUGACGCCGCUACUCAUUCAACGACGAGCGCAGCGCCGGCCACGGCCUCUACUGCACCCACGUGGACGCAUUCGGGAGGCAAGCGAACAACGUCAUCGAGCGGUGGCAGUGGCAGUGGCAGAGCCUCCAAGACGCCAAAGCGGUCAGACUUAGGAGUUCAGUGUGGUGUCGUGACGCUUAAAGUGCCGCGGGACAAGCUCGCAAGGAUCAUCACAGGAGCAAGCAAUCACCAUGCCAGCCCGUCAGAGCAUUCUGUUUCUGACUAUAGCUCUGGACCUUCGAGUGUGCCUGCUCCUUGCGACGCCCAGUCCAACAGUCGCAUCGUCAUCGACCUAACCGCCGACUCAGGCGAUGAGGAGCUACCUCCUCUCCCGCCAUACCAAGGCAAAGGGAAAGGCCGCAUGAUCGAUCAGAAGAUGGCUGGCAACAACGAGCACUUCCUACAGGGUGGACGGCUCCCACUGGAACGCCGCAGCUCUGCAGGACCUGGCAAUGGAGAUGCUGACAUUGCUAUGAAGAUGGAGGUGGAGCAAGACUCGACGUUCGCACCGGAUUUGGCUGAUACUGUUCAUUAA